AAUCCCUCCAAAAAAUGUGGGUGAGUGUGAAAUAAUAGCCUAGGUGCACAAUACACACUCUAUGGCCACUAACUAUGCCCACCACAAUUUCUUUCCUGAAAAGUCACUCUUAUUCAGACUCCUAUGAUUUACGGAGACUGCGGAAGUUACAAUUCCUUCCCGAUAAUAUGACGAGGACUUAGUGUCCUUUUGCGAGUCGCCCAAAGAUGACUUUUGAGCAUCCAGUGGCAUCGAGCGGAGCGGUUUACGUUUCAUGUACAUAUUGUGAGCAAAUCCAAAUUCCGAGUAUAUCAUGGACGAGGACGAACGGCACUACUGGCACCUGCGGUCCGUAGACAACGAGGAAGUGCCUCGCUUCCCGCCCACCAACAUGGUGGAGCCACUGACGGCCAGCAGCCUGCUGCAGCUGUACCUCAACACCUUCGUGGCCGCCAAUCUGGCUGAGGCGUGCGUGUUUCCGCUGGACGUGGCCAAGACCCGGAUGCAGGUGGACGGCGAGCAGGCUAGAAGGACGGGCGCCGGAACGGCCACCUUUCGGGCCACGUUUGGCAACAUGGUCCGGGCGGAGGGCUUCAGGUCGCUUUACGCCGGCUUCUCGGCGAUGGUCACCCGGAACCUGCUCUUCAACUCGAUGCGCGUCGUCCUCUACGACGUCUUUCGGCGCCCCUUCCUCCACGUGAACGAGCGGAACGAGGAGGUGCUCCGGAUCCAUCUGGCUUUGGGCUGCGGCUUCGCGGCCGGCUGCAUAGCCCAGGCGCUGGCCAACCCCUUCGACAUCGUCAAGGUGCGGAUGCAGACCGAGGGCCGGCGCCGCCAGCUGGGCUACGAGGCGCGGGUGAGCAACAUGGUGCAGGCCUUCGUGGACAUCUACCGGCACGGCGGACUGGCCGGCAUGUGGAAGGGCGUGGGGCCCAGCUGCAUGCGGGCUUGCCUGAUGACGGCCGGCGAUGUGGGCAGCUACGACGUCAGCAAGCGCGCUUUCAAACGCAUCCUGGAGCUGGAGGAUGGCCUCCAGCUGCGCUUCCUUUCCUCCAUGUGCGCCGGGCUGGCGGCCUCCGUGCUCAGCAAUCCGGCGGACGUGAUCAAGUCGCGGAUGAUGAACCAGCCGGUGGACGAGAGUGGGAGGAACCUGUAUUACAAAAGCUCGAUCGAGUGCCUCCGGAAGCUGGUGAGGGAGGAGGGCGCCCUGACCCUCUACAAGGGCCUCAUGCCCACGUGGUUUCGCCUCGGACCCUUCUCAGUCCUGUUUUGGCUGUCCGUCGAACAGCUGCGCCAGUGGGAGGGCCAGGCGGGAUUUUGAGGAUCGAGCUUUUGUGCUGGUGUUGCAUUAUGUGAUGCUUCUGUCGUAUAAUAAAAGAUUCAAGAUACAAG